GGAGCCGCAGGUUACGGUUCCGAUAUGGCCAAGUCCAAGAACCACACCACACACAACCAGUCUCGAAAAUGGCACAGAAAUGGUAUCAAGAAACCCCAGUCACAAAGAUACGAAUCUCUUAAGGAGGUGGACCCCAAGUUCCUGAGGAACAUGCGCUUUGCCAAGAAGCACAACAAGAAAGGCCUGAAGAAGAUGCAGGCCAACAACGCAAAGGCAGUGAGUGCGCGUGCAGAGGCCAUCAAGGCCCUUGUGAAGCCCAAGGCAGUUAAGCCCAAGAUGCCAAAGGGCCCCAGCCGCAGCAAGCUCAGCCGUCUCGCUUUCAUCGCUCACCCCAAGCUUGGGAAGCAGAUUAGAAGCUACAUGGCCAAGGAUCGUAGGCUCUGCCAGCCAAAGCCCAAGGCUCAAACCAAGGCAGAGGCCUCAGCUCCAGCUCAGGCUCCCAAAGGUACCCAGGCCCCUGUGAAGGCCCCAUAGAAAAGGUUUCUGUCUGCCAGACAGAUGGACUGGUGUGACACACCUACACACUAUAUGCAGAUGAUCAGGACCCCAUGCUGUUUUUACAAAUAAACUUGAGGCAGGAUC